CACAGACCCCCACAGAACUGCUCAACCGCAGCACGCUGGGCCUGAGCAGUGUUUCCCUGUUUGUGAAAACACACAGGUCGUUAAGGCCCGGUCGCACUCUCCUUGCUCUCUCCAUCCCAGCCCGCUCCGUUCCAAACCCAGCCCUUCUUCUCCAGGCUCUCUAUCCCCUCAUGGGCGCGAUAUCAGCCAGUGCAAGAGGACCACCGUCUCAACCCUAACAGCAGUCCUCACCAUGGAGAUGAAACAACCAGUGAUGAUGAAUCGAGAGGAUGAGGGAGAGCAUGAGAAAGAACAGGAGUCACAAGAAAACGGAAGGCUGGUUGCAGACAGCGUUGCGGAGAAGGGUCAGAAAUCCUGCUCCGGGCCUGGGCAGGUCUCCAACGGUUAUCCCAGCACAUCCCCACAAAGCCCUAGGGACGGUGCGGGUGCUGGAGCGGACAAGGGCAACACCCCUGGGGCAUUCAAGACUCUGGUGGUCCAGCAGACCAGCUUAGAUCCACCUAGGGAGACCUGGAGCAAAAAGAUGGACUUCUUGCUGUCGGUGAUCGGGUAUGCAGUGGACCUGGGCAAUGUGUGGCGUUUUCCCUACAUCUGCUAUCAAAACGGAGGGGGUGCCUUUCUUCUGCCAUACCUGCUGAUGGCUGUGUUUGGUGGCGUGCCGCUGUUCUACAUGGAACUGGCUUUGGGCCAGUUUCACCGCAGUGGGUGUAUCUCCAUCUGGAAACACAUCUGCCCCAUCUUCAAGGGUAUAGGCUUUGCCAUCUGCAUCAUUGCACUCUACAUUGCCUUCUACUACAAUACCAUAAUGGCCUGGGCUCUCUACUACCUCCUGUCCUCCUUUCGUGCCACGCUGCCCUGGACCACCUGCACCAACCAGUGGAACACUCCCAACUGCACCCACUACCUGUCCACCGACUUGAAUGUCUCCUGGACCAACAACUCUAUCUCUCCGGCUGAAGAGUUCUAUAUACGGCAGGUCCUGCAGGUUCAUCUGUCCCCUGGUCUUCAUCAGUUGGGCUGGGUGAGCUGGCAACUAGCCCUCUGUCUGUUGUUCAUCUUCACUAUAGUGUACUUCAGCAUCUGGAAAGGGGUCAAGACCUCCGGCAAGGUAGUGUGGGUGACGGCUACCUUUCCGUACCUGGUGCUGCUGAUCCUGUUGAUAAGAGGGGCCACCCUGCCGGGAGCAUGGAGAGGAGUGGUCUUCUACCUGAAACCUGAUUGGAGCAAACUUUUAACCACUACAGUUUGGCUUGAUGCAGCUGCGCAGAUCUUCUUCUCUCUGGGUCCAGGCUUUGGUGUUCUCCUGGCCUUUGCCAGCUACAAUCCUUUUCAUAACAACUGCUACAAAGAUGCAUUGGUCACAAGCUCAGUGAACUGUUUGACCAGUUUCCUGUCAGGCUUUGUGAUCUUCACUGUGCUGGGCUACAUGGCAGAGAUGCGCCAACAACGUGUGGAGACUGUAGCUAAAGAUGCUGGUCCCAGUCUGCUCUUCAUCAUCUAUGCUGAGGCUAUUGCCAAUAUGCCGGCUGCUACGUUCUUCGCCAUCAUAUUCUUCCUCAUGAUAAUUAUGCUGGGGCUGGAUAGCACGUUUGCAGGUCUGGAAGGGGUAAUUACAGCCAUGUUGGACGAGUUCCCCCACCUGUUGGCCAGGAGGAGAGAAUGGUUUGUGCUCGGCCUAGUGUGCGUCUGUUAUUUGGGCGCCCUCUCCACUCUUACCUACGGAGGUGCGUUUGUUGUUAAACUAUUUGAGGAGUAUGCCACGGGCCCUGCUGUUAUCACCGUGGUCUUCCUCGAGGUCAUUGCUGUUUCCUGGUUCUAUGGGACAACGCGUUUCUGCAACGACGUGCAGCUGAUGCUUGGCUUUGCUCCUGGUCUGUUUUGGAGGGUCUGCUGGGUAGCCAUCUGUCCCUGCUUCCUAUUGUUCAUUAUUGGGAGUUUCCUGGCAUUCCCUCCCGAGGUGAAGCUGUUUGACUACCUGUACCCUUUCUGGACCACAGUUCUCGGCUACUGUAUUGGAGUGUCCUCCUUCAUCUGUGUGCCUUCUUACAUGGUCUACCAUCUAGUCACCACCAAAGGGACCUUCAAACAGCGUCUGCUAAAGAGCAUUACCCCUGAGGCUUCGGGGUCCAGCGGCCCUCAGAGAGACACAAUUGUCAUCACCAACGCCGUGUGACACAUUUCCUCUUCUGCUGGACAUGUAGCACAAACGCAGGGGACCCGUGUCUCCUGCAAGGGCCUCGGCUGACCUCCCUUCACACCUCACCCCAGAGGAGUCUGCUACCUGUAUUGUGUGACGGUGAGGCCAGGCCUCCGAAUACAGCCAUUGUUUUAUUCUUAUUCUAGCCGUCCAUGUGUGACCAAUGUCAGCGCUCAUAUGAGUUACUGACUGCCGUAGCAAGUUCUUGAGUUUGUGUUUUGUCCUUCUAUUUUUAAUUUUAGAUCUCCAUAAACAAUUUAUUUAUAUAUAUAUGGCUCGUGUACACUAAUGUUGAAAAGUUUGGGGUCAGUAAGAUUUGUUUUGUUUUUUGAAAGAAAUUACUACUUUUAGUCAGCAAGGUGACAGUAAAGAACUUUACAUUGUUACAAAAGAAUAUUUCAUAUAAAUGCUGUUCUUCUGAACUUUCUAUUCAUCUAAGAAUCCUGAAAAAAAAAAAUCAGUGUUUACACAACAGUUUUCAACAUUGAUAAUAAGAAAUGUUAACAUUUCUUACACUUUAAGUUUUCCUUGUUACACAUUACAUGUGCUUACUAUUAUAAUAACAAUAAAUUUUGCAUAAUUACAUGCAAGUAACCCUAAUCCUAACCCUAACCAUACAGUAAGUACAUGUAGUUAAUUAGUAUUACUCAGUACUUAAAUGUAUAAUUACACUGUAACAAGGACACCUUAAAAUAAAAUCUAACCAAUGUUUCUUAAGCAGCAAAUCAGCAUAUCAGAUUGAUAUCUGAAGGAUCAUGUAACAUAAAAAAAAUCUCACCAACUCCAAACUUUUGAGUAUCUGUUUAGUGAAGUUUGGGAUAAGAACAGGAAUGGACGCACAAGUGGUUCAGUUUACUUUAUGAAAACCUAAAAUUUAUAUACAUAGAUUGCUUUUCUACAAUAUUUCUUUUUCCUUAAAUAGUAACUAAAUACAUAAAGAUUGUUGUUAUAUUGUGGUUUUGUGACCAAUUUCAGGUAUAUUUUACAUGUACACUCAUUUAUAUAAGGCCAAAAAUGAUUUUGUUUCUUUAUUGUCAUUAUUCAAAGAAGCUGUUUGUGGUUUAGGGACUGAAUCCAUCACUAAUUGUGAAUAUAUUUUCUUUCUUUUUUUGUUAAAUAUUUGUUAAACAGUUUUUUAUUUUACAUUUAAGAUGUGGAAAGGGUAAAAGUAGGAAUGUAACAGAAUGUUUUUUAUGAGACAAGCAAGGGCCCAAAUCAUACAUUUUUUAAAAUGUUUUUUGCACAGGUGUGUAUGUGUGUGUGAGUGGUUAUGUGUGUGUACGAGUGCGUCUUUGACCACCAUGCCCGUAUAUGUAACAGAUAUUAAGUGUUUAGCCUACUUUUGGAGGAUAUGUACCAAUUGUUUGGCAUAUAUGUAUUUAUUUGUGGGACAUUUGUGGCAUUUCAUUCACACAAUGCUUAUUUUGUUUAUUUGCAACUGGAACUCUUUGUCUGCCUAUACCCAGUUACUAUUUACAUGUAGCAUUUACAAGAAUGGGACCAAAUAUUCAGGACUGGGGGGACCAAAUGUAAAAGUCUAAGAAAAAAAACAAUAUUGAUCGACCACUAGCAUGUUCCUCAAUGUCAACAGGGGGCUUUGCCAUUUAUUUUUACACAUUUCUUUAUGUGAGUUACACUAAGUAGCAGAAACCAAAUACUAAUGUGCUUGUUACAAAUGCUUCAGCCUUGAUCCUCAAGACUUUUUUCAUGAAAAAAAAAGGUGUGACUGGACAUCUAAGUAUGUGCAUGUGUACUUUGUGAGUUUUGCUGUUCGUGUGGUCCGGCGUUCUGUGCUGACUCGUUGAAUUCGUAGAGUGGGCAAAUGUGAGGACGUCGAUUUCUCUGUCGAACUGACAUGUGUGAGCUGUAUAUUGAGGUAGAGAAGUAAUAAGCCAUGGUCAGUUCCAUCAGUGUGUGUGUGUGUGUGUGUGUGUGUGCAUGCCGUAGACGUGAGUCUAUAUUGUGCAUCUGUGUGUGUGUGAGUGUGUGCGUGUGUGCGCGCUUCAGUCCAGUGCCGAACUCUUCUUCCUCUUCUUUCUCAGCAAAAUUUACUAUUCUGUCUAUCAAAGUAUUGAAAAUCUAUUGUACUUUAUAAAGUCUAAAUUUGAUCUAUGUAUGUCUCCGAGACUGUUAAGAGAAAAUAUGUAUAGGACAAAUACAUAUAUGAAUUAUUAGAGAUAAAAUAAAGGUAUAUGUAUUAAUAAUG